CAUUCUGGCUUUGCAUUUUCAAAUUCAAACUGCAGCUUGGCAUCGCUUCGUGAGCUCGAUCAGGUUUUCGGAGGAUUGACUAAGUCUCAGCAACACUCGACUUUAAAAUUGUACAUUAUAUUUAUCUAUUUAACUGUUCGGACAACAAAUUCCAUAUCUAAACCAAAAUCGACGUUCAAAAAAGAAACGCGACUAAUUGUAAAAAAAAAGUUAUAAAAAUAUUUGGCGUCCGCUGAUCUUUGUGUGUUACUCGUCUUUGUAUAAAUAAAAAGAAAUAAUCAAAAUGGUGGGCACAACACUAAAAUUGCGCGGCGACGAGAACGCUUCGGAGAAUUUCAAGCAAGUGCAACUGAAGAAAUUGACGGUGCCUUCACAGGAGGCAACAACAAAACGCGCUGCUUUGGGAGAUUUACAAAACCGAGGUGUAACUCGCGCCAUUGCUGCUAAAGAUGCCGCACAGAAAGAGUCCAAGGAUCUCAAGCUCACAGAUGCCCUUCGCAACGCCAAGGCUCGGGUGGACACUCACUGGAAGAAACAGGUCGUGGGAACCACCACUAAUGGCAAUACCGCCGCUCCGCCCAAGACGAACGAAGCGGGCGUGGCGGCCUUUUUGCGCUCGAAUUCAGUAAGAAAUCGCGUUCCAACCAAGACGACGGUUGAACCUGUUAAGGUUACAGCCAAGCCUAGUUCCACCGAAAAUGUCAACGAGCCCACCUUAAAACGCGAGGACAGCAAUCUGUCAAAGAAAUCGCUGACCAAACUUCGCGCUGCAUUGGCCAAACCCAUGAUGGGAGUUUCCGGAAUUCGUCCGGUGGCAGUUGUCCGUAAAGAGGCAGAAAUUAAGAAGGAAGUGCCAGAAGCCAAGAAGGAAGUUACCAAGAUGCCUCUAGUUAAAACCAGCAGUCUUAUCACUACAACCACAUCGACGUUGCCAACCACAAUGUCUCUUUCCAGCAAACGAUUGGCUGGAAUUGAGGAUAUUGAUGCCAACGACAAAGAUAACCUGGUUUUGGUCUCUGAAUAUGUAAACGAUAUCUAUGAUUACUUGUACCAGGUGGAACAGGAGCAGACUAUUUACAAGGAUCAUUUGGCCGGACAAAAGGAGGUGUCCCACAACAUGCGUGCCGUGCUGAUCGAUUGGAUCAAUGAGGUCCACCUGCAGUUCCACCUGGCGGCAGAAACCUUCCAGCUGGCAGUGGCCAUUAUUGAUCGUUAUCUCCAAGUAGUCAAGGAUACUAAGCGCACUUUCUUGCAAUUGGUAGGAGUGACAGCUCUUUUCAUUGCUACUAAAUACGAGGAGCUAUUCCCUCCAGCCAUCGGGGAUUUUGUUUUUAUCACGGAUGACACUUACACAGCCCGGCAGAUUCGCCAAAUGGAGCUACAGAUCUUUAAGGCCAUAGACUGUAAUCUGUCGCGUCCGCUGCCGAUUCAUUUCUUGCGGCGCUAUUCGAAGGCUGCCGGCGCUGAAGAUGAACACCAUGCCAUGUCGAAGUACUUUAUUGAGUUGGCUUCCGUGGACUACACCAUGGCUUCAUACAGGCCUUCGGAGAUUGCUGCGGCCUCUUUGUUCCUUUCACUGCACUUAAUCAAUGGGAAUUACCGGGCUGGCACAGGAUUCAACGACCGUCACUGGACACCAACGCUGACCUUCUACUCACGCUAUUCGGCCGCCCACUUGCGACCCAUUACCCGGCAGAUUGCAAAGCUUGCACGUAAUGCUCCUCAGGCCAAACUGAAGGCCAUUUAUAACAAGUACCAGGGCAGCAAGUUCCAGAAGAUUGCGCUGCGAACGGAGCUAAGUGGGGCGCUGAUGGAUUCCAUUGUGGGACAGAGCUUGAAGAAGUAGUCUGGGCCAGGGCGUAGUGGAAGACACAGAAUUAUCUAGUUUAGUUUAAUUUGUUUUCAUUUUUUAAAUUUUUAGCGUAUUCAAUAUUCUGUUCGUUUCGUGUUCGUUACAAAUUGCCUAUAAUAACCGUAGUCUCAUUAAUGUCUUAAUCAUCGUCAUAAGCAAUUCCCCAGACAUUGUAAUCUGCUGGAGUCCCUUGAGCAGUUUUUGACCGCUGCCAAGAUCUGGCUCCGGCAUCUUUGCCCCUGGAGCACAAGUUGCUCGCGAGCCGGCCGCUGGGAGUGAGUUCCUCCGGAAAAAAUAAAAACCGGACUAAACUGAAGCGCCCGCCUGCUCCUCCCGCUGGGCCAUCUACUCAGUAAGGAGCGAGUGGCGGAGCAGUGGACACCGAGAGAGAGUGGGCAACGAGUUCAUUUGCUGGCCGAACACAUCGGCGUUGUCUCUCCAAGAAAAAUAUUUUAUAAUCAUAUACCCAUCCUCCACCACUAUUUGUAUUUAGUUUUUAUCUUCAAUGGGAAGUAAUAAAUCCAAAAAACUUGUGCAAAAUUAUUCUCAUACCUCUUGAAAAUUAUAAGAGACUCUAGACUAUUUGUAAUUUAUAUCAUGUAUUUUCACGUAUUCAUACAAAAAGCACCCUAAACUAGUUUUACUGUUUACAAAUAAGAAAUUAAAAAACUUUCAACAACUUUGAUGUUUCCGAAACUGUCUGAUAAAUACAUAGCAAAUAAAGUUUGUGUAAAAUUUUAUUAAAA